AUGAAGCCUACUUUGGUCGCUAUAUUUUGUUUCUUUUUCAUUGCCAUUGCUGUUCAUGCGCAAAAACCUAGUAUAGACAAACCAGUAGCAUUUCAUGAAGUUUUACCGCUACCAGUUCUCGUUACUAAAGUUGGAGAUGGUAAAUUCAGUGUUGAAAGCAAAUGGGUCGGCACUGGAUUUCAUCCUAAUGAACUUGUUUUUAAAAGAAUGAGUUGCGAAGAUGGUGUAACAGUUGACGCAACCAAUGUGAAAGGAGUUUUCUCGGACAAAAAACAUACCUUUACAUUAACAGUUCCAAAAGGCGUGUCUACUGUAAA